AUGGGGGCUGCUCGUGAUCAGGGUCCAUGUUUGGCCGCCAUUUCGGAAACGCUUGUCUGUAGGAAAAGGUGAGUCUUUGGGGCGCUUCAGAGGACAAGAGGGGUGAUGAAAGGGGAAUCUCGGGUGCCGGUAACAUUUAUAGGGCGCAGACAUAAAUGGGGCGGGGGGCGAAGGGAAAGGCCCUUCUAUGGUAACGUCUCCUCUGCGCGCGCGCUUCUCGCGCGGGGGGCGGUGCAGAAGAGAGAAAGAUGAAUGAAGCGCGGGACUCUGCGGUUGCCGCUGCGCGUGUUCCCGAUUGGGCGGGGCUACUCUCGUGCUCUGCGGAAGUGGAAACCGCCGUGCUCUUCCCUUUGCCCCGCCCGUUGCCGCAGGUGAGCAGCUCAGAACUGCUUUCGCAGGAGCCCCUGUAUGAAGGCUAAAGCCGGGCGCUGUUGAGCAAAGGGCCUCCGGUAGAAGGGGCCUUGCUCCUACUAUUGUGUAGCGAUGUGUUUUACACACACAGCCCUCACCCUCAAGCUUGGGGAUGUAUAUGUGGGUCAAAACUUGAAAUACCUGGAACGUCAUGUCUGAUACCUGUUGUACUCUGAUCCCCCUCCUGCCCUUCCUUUGAGACGAAACUUUGGGACUCUAGCCAUUAUUCAAACCUGAAAGCCGGAAUAGAAUGUAUUAAUCAUUCCCCCUCCAUCCAGAUAACUCAGUGUUCAGUGGAGUGAAUGACAAAUGGAAAGCGUUGCUUCACUUGGCCAGUUAAUAAUGUUAACCCUUCUGUUUCUCCAGUCACAAUUAUAUAGUGGUACCUCGGGUUACAUACGCUUCAGGUUACAGACUCCGCUAACCCAGAAAUAUUACCUUGGGUUAAGAACUUUGCUUCAGGAUGAGAACAGAAAUCAUGCUCCAGCGGCAGCAGGAGGCCCCAUUAGCUAAAGUGGUGCUUCAGGUUAAGAAAAGUUUCAGGUUAAGAAUGGACCUCUGGAAUGAAUUACCGUAAGUUCUUAACCCGAGGUACCACUGUAAUCAGUUUGUCUGGAAACCAGCAAUAUCUGUCAGGUUGUGUUUAUAGUCUACUUUCCCUUCCAGCACAGAAAUGACCCGAGCUUAACCAAAGGAGAGCAACGCUAUUCUAUAAGGAUACAAGCACCACAUCUUAUGUGUUUCUGCAGUUUAGGUUAUGCUGCAAGUAUAUUAAAACGAACGCUUUAUCUAGUAAAGAUAAUAGUGCUAAAUUACAGUGGUGCCCCGCAAGACGAAUGCCUCGCAAGACGGAAAAACCGCUAGACGAAAGGGUUUUCCGUUUUGAAGUUGCUUCGCAGGACGAAUUCCCCUAUGGGCUUGCUUCGCAAGACGAAAAUACCUUGCGAGUCUUGAGAUUUUUUUCGCUUUUCCCCCUUUAUCUAAUCUGCUAAGCCUUUAAUAGCCUUUAAUAGCCUUUUAGCAGCUAAUCCCUAAGCCUUUAAGCCUUUAAUAGCCGCUAAACAGCUGAUAGCGCUAAUAGCGCUAAUCCCUCAAUGGGCUUGCUUCGCAAGACGAAAAAACCGCUAGACGAAGACUCUUGCGGAACGGAUUAAUUUCGUCUUGCGAGGCACCACUGUAUUUGACACCAAUAGGCCAGUCUGUUGUGCACAAUUUGAAGCUUACUGCUUUGCAAGCUUAAGUUGCUGCACUGCUUUGGACAUUAUAGAGGUUUAUAACAUAGGUAAUGUAAAGAACGUGGAUUGUGUACUUGUUCCCUUUCAUAUUUGUAGUCCUUCAAUGAAAGAGAUUCAAGUCACAUAAAGUAUUUCCCCCACAUGUAUAAAUAACUUAGGAAGAUGUAGGGAUAGCCACUACAGUGGUACCUUGGGUUAAGUACUUAAUUCGUUCCGGAGGUCUGUACUUAACCUGAAACUGUUCUUAACCUGAAGGACCACUUUAGCUAAUGGGGCCUCCCGCUGCUGCCGCCGCCGCACGAUUUCUGUUCUCAUCCUGAAGUAAAGUUCUUAACCCGAGGUACUAUUUCUGGGUUAGCGGAGUCUAACCUGAAGCUUAUGUAACGUGAAGCGUAUGUAACCCGAGGUACCACUGUAUUUGAUGGUUUUAAAAGGGGAUAAGAACAAUUUACAGAGACCAGGUCUAUCAAUAGCUAUUAAUCAUACUGGCUAUGUGAAACCUUCAGAUUCUGCUUGAAAGAGUUAUGGCCUUUUUGAUUUCCUUGAGCUAUUUUGUCAGCCACUGUAAUCGAUGGACAAGCACACUUACCUACUGUUACCACAUGCUUAGUUUUGUUGGUGCCCUUUUGGUCAUUAGUGUGUCACAUAGAUAAGCCAACUGUGGGCUCUUGUGAUUUGCAAUGAUAAAUAGACCUGCCAAACCUAGUAGGGGUUCUCAGCAGUGCAGUAGCAUCAGUUAGGCCCAUUUAUUGGACUAUGCUACUGGUCAACCAAGAUAAGAAGCACACACACAAUAUUCACUGUUAAUAUGAUCAGAUAUGUAUGUAUGUAUGUAUGUAUCAGAUACUUAUAACUCAUAAGUAUGAGUUAUGCUGGGUUGGUAGGACAUGUGACCAAGCUGAACAGAGUUUCACAUAAUGGAUAAGUGUCCCUGCGGAAUGCCUCUUUUUCAGGACUUAGGCCAACCUCAAAUCAGAUUUCUCUAACAGGAACCUAAGAGUAGAAAUUCAGGGAAUAGUAAGCAUAAAAUGGUUGCUAAAUUUCUGCUGGUUUCUUGUAUACUGGCUUACAUUGUGUCAGUUAUAAUCUUCCCAUCUGAAGAAGAAGAGUUCAUGGUUCAGUGGUAUAGUGGAAAGAAAAGAGGGGAACAAAUUGCUGCUUGUGGGGAAUGGUUCCUUCUUAAGCAGUGCAGACUUUGGAAAUGUUCCAUGAAAGUUUUCUAAAUGUUCCAAGCCACUGCUAUAAAGACGAAUGUGGAGGGAAGGAAUUCCAGGAACAGACCUUGUUGAUAGGCAUACUUUGCUGUCUUCACUUUUUCUUGAGAAGCUCUCUGCGGGUUAAGUAAGGCAUGCAACAAAACAUUAUUCAGUUCCCCCACCCACCCACAGAUAAGUUCAAUAUUUCAACAGUAAAAAAAUAUACCAAAAUAUUACAUCAAUUUAUCUGCAGUGUUUGCCACAGCUGUGAAUCAAAGGUUGGAUGGUGAGGUUAGAAAGCAGAAAGUGUACAACUAAUGGUAAUAACAGCUUAGGAGAAAGUGACAAGAAGAGCUGAGAAUGGAGAGGGUUUUAUUUUUCAGCUGCUCUUGGCUGGUUUCCCAGUUGCUUGAGGAGCAAUAUGAGUGGGGCAAGCCAACCAGCAACCAUGAAACCAUGGUUAGAAAACUGUCAGACAAAAUGCUAAACUAUAGUUAAAGUCAGCAACAAACCAUGGCUUUUUUGUUAACAGACCAUAGUAAAGUGCUUGACUGAAGUCACAUGUAAUGUUAAACUGUGGUUUGAUAUGAUGUGCAAACCAGGUCAAGAGUUGAUAUUGAGUUAGGUGGACCAGUGGUCUGACUCUGUGUACGUCAGUUUCCUAAGAGAUAACUAAGGGUCAGUUCUGAAAAUAUAGGGGAAUUCCCCCCCCUCCUUUUUUGUCCAGUACAGAUAACCUGUGACUUAUGUUCAUUUAACACAUGCAAGUUCAACUUUAUACAUUUGGCUCAAAAAAAUUAAAGGGGAAUAGGUGUCCAGCAAUCCUACCCACCAAUGCACUCACCUUGAGAGAGUGUUCAGAGGGGGCAGUUGGAGAGUGUGAGCAACCUUGCAGACAGUGUGGAGGGGGAAAGUGUGAGCUGCUUUUGGAGAGUGUGCUGAGGUGCAGGGAGAGACCAAUUGUCUGUUUCUGUAUUUAUCUUCUUGAACAGAUGUGUUCAAAUCCUGUUUAGAGCUGAAACAUAUUGUCUGGUAAAUUGUCACUCAAAUUAUUUUAAUGUUAAAAAAAAUAAUUGUCGACAUACACCUCUGAAGUUCGUAGAGUGUGCACAAACACUUAUUAUGAACAUUGUUGAAGCUUGUUAGCCACUGUUAAAAUAGAAAUUUCACAGGGAAAAGAAGAUACUUACCAUAUUAUGCAAUAUCCAAAGGCCCUAAUCAGAUUUCAUGUUGAAAUGAGGAAUUUCUGCCCUUUGCCCUUCAGAACUUCUGACAUCUGUUGCUAAGCAACAUUUACAUUCCUCAGUAAUCAGCUACAAAUUUGAAUAAAUAACUGGUACCAAAGAAAAUUAAACAGCUCUGCCUAAAUGCAUGUAUUAAGUCAUUUCUUAGUCACCUAUCUGUCCCAAAUUGCCUUCUGAGUUGUACAUAUUAAAAACAAAAUAGCAUGACACUAAAAAAACUUGGGUAAAAAGUUAAAAACAAACCAUAACUCCACAAAGCAACAAUGGUGCAAAUAAAUUACACCAUUACACAAAAUUAAUUUAGUUAAAAUCAAUCUAGCUAAAUUUUUAAAUAUAAUGAAGCUGGAAUCAACAGAACAUUAUUUUGUGAGGAAUCAUUUUCCCCCUGUCUGCAAAAACUAAAGAGGACAGGGAUAGCAUUAAUUUCUCAAUAUUAACUGCUAAGCCAAAGUCAUCAAAGUUUGAAACAAACGUGAUAGAUGGACCCUGUUCUGUUAAUUUCUGUCAGAUUUUAUUAUGUUUAAAAAUACAAUUUAAAAGUGUGUGUGUAUAUGUAUAUAUAAUAGAGCAAUCUUUUUCAUAUAAAGUUACUGUCUUCACUUUGUUUAUGAAAUAAAUACUCUUUUAAUGGAUUUUUAAAAGUUAAGUUAAAAAAUAGGGAUGCAAAGAAGUAAAAACGAUAUUUCUUUCUAAUGUUUUCAGGUCCGGGUUCAUCUUUCUCAUCAAAUAUACUAGUGAGGCUCCUUCCAAGGAAUCACAGGACCAUUUAAAGGAAGAUAGAAGCAUGUCAAAGAAUGAAAGUAGUUUUUUCCACCAACUAUUUAACAUUUCUUAUAUAGGCUCAUCUGAAUUAGUAGCUAUGAGUGUACUGGUAGAGUGUGCUUCAUUGAAAAUGAAGCAUGUGUCUGUGAAUGAUACUCAAAGCAAUAGAAUUUCAAGUUAUGGUUAAGUCUUGUGGAUUGUCGUGUAAGAUUGAUGCUUAAUUAUCUAUGGUUUGCGCUUAUGGAAAGGAAUAAUAAUAUUAGUUUUGAAAAGACCACCAGGAAUGCAAACAAAAAUCUUGCUGUUUUAAUAGCUGGCUCUGUAAUGGCUCUAUUGUGUGUGUGUGAACAUUUAACAACUAUAGCUUGAUUGGUAGUUCUGAUUAAGUUCAGUUUUGUGAUGGUACUUUUAAUGUGUAUUAGUGGUAGCAGCGGCAGAACUAGUUUUUUUCCCAGGCCCUGCAUGCUCAUAUGUUCUGCUACUCCCCAUUCAUAGUAAGUCCAACAGCUGGAAUUGGUUUGCAUUCAGUGACUUGGGAUGCAGUACAUAGUUGUGAACUCCAUGUCACAACAGUGUAGAAAGUGAUAUUUGGAAUAGAGAAAUAGCAGAAUUUGUGAAAAACAGUGGGCAAACAAAAUUUUAGCUACUGCUAGUUUUUUUCGAGUAUAAAGUAUUUGAUUGUUUUGCAGGUCCUGACAAUGAACACGUAAUUUCUGCUGCAGCUCUGUUUGCCGGUGGAAAAUGUAUGAAAGGAUUUUUUUUGAAACAAUCUGUGUUAUGUCCAGCAACCCUGAGCAUGGAAAAGCUGUCAACCUUGAAUAUUUCAGUUGUUUCAACAAGUAAAAUAUUUAAUAAAUGA